CAGCCAUUUUGGCUUGAGGACCCUCCCGCGCCGGGGCAGCACCCUCGCAUACGCAACCACCACCCCCCAGCGCGCGGGGCGCUCGCGCGAGGCGCGGACGCGGGAGGGAUGCCCAUGAAGCUGUACGCACACCCGGGCAAUUACAAGACGCACAAGGCGAUGAUCGCCGCCAAGUACGUGGGGCUCGAGGUCGAGACCCCCCCGGCCGCCACCGCCGCGGAGCAGACGGGGAAGAUUCCGGUGCUCGAGACGCCCCAGGGGUGCAUAUUUUCCAGCGCGGCCAUUGCGCGUUACAUCUCUCGCAUCAACCGCCAGGUGGCCCUCUACGGUCAGAAUCUCCUGGAGGGCGGCAUGAUCGACUCCUGGAUCGAGUUCUGCACCCACGAGCUGGAGGUGCCGCUGUGCACGUGGGUGUUGCCGAAGAUGGGCGUGUUCGAGGAGGUCCCCGAGGCCACGGCGUGCGCCAAGGAGGACGUGAAGCGGGCUCUCAGCGUGCUGAACAACCAUCUCCUGCACAACACCUACAUGGUGGGGCACACCAUUACCCUGGCCGACAUCUCCGUCUGCUGCGCCCUGGUGGACGGCAUGAAGCUGGUCCUUGAUGAGGAGUUCCGCAAGCCGUUCGGCAACGUCAUGCGGUGGUUCAGCCUGUGCACGGCCCAGCCCGAGUUCGCCAGCGUCCUGGGGACCGUGGCCCUCUGCGGCAAGGGGGGCGCCGCCCCCAAGAAGGAGGCGGCUCCCAAGAAGGAGGCGGCGCCCAAGAAGGAGGCGGCGCCGAAGAAGGAGGCGGCGCCGAAGAAGGAGGCGGCGCCGAAGAAGGAGGCGGCGCCGAAGAAGGAGGCCGCCAAGAAGGAGGACAAGAAAGACGCGAAGCCGGCCGAGGACCCCGAGGAGGCGAGGAAGAAGAAGCUGAAGAAGGUGUGGAAGGAGGGUGGUAAGCGUGGCGUGGAGAUCGAGGGCGCGGCCGACAUGGGCGGCCUGCAGUUUUUCUGCACCGCCGUGGACGAGCCUGACGGGGACCUGGAGCUGCUCGAGAAGUCGAUGGAGGCCAUGAACGAGAAGAGCGACCCCACGGAGGAGGAGCGAAAGGGCGGCUCUGGCCACAUCGGGAAGAUGAUCUUCUCCUGCGGCACGGAGCAGCUGGCCGUGUGCGCCUACGUGCCAGAGGAGAAGCUGGGGGAGCUCAACUGCAAGGAGUGGCUCGAGAAGGCGCUCUCCCUGUUCAGCGGAACCGUGACCAAGGAGGCGUCGAAGAGCGUGUGCAUGGGCUGCGUCAAGGCCGAUCCCGACAAGGGCGUCUUCCCGCUGAAGAUCCGGGAGCCCAUGAUCCUCGAGGCGAACAACUUCCUGCGCGCCAGGGGCCUCUUCCCCGAGGACAACGGCGACAGCGACGACGAGAUGGUCUUCGGCGACGACGACUUCCCCUCCUGAGCGGGCGCGCGGCAGGGCCGCGGGCGCGCGGCGCCCGCCCCGCGCAGACGGGCCCGAGGAGGGCGGCCGCCCCCGCGCGCCGGGCCUCCUCCCUAUAUAAGCCCCCUCUGCCGGCGCGCGCGGGGCGCGCCGUGGGGCCCGCCGGGGGCGCCGCCGGGCGUGUAGAGCCCGCCUCCCAUCCUGCCGCCAUGUGUGUUUGUCGCCCACGAUCAUCUGCUGCCCCUCCCUCCCGCUCCUCCCCUCUCUCCAGCCUGGGCCCGCUGCCCCAGGCAGGCCCCGCUGCUGCCCAGAGGAGCGGCCGCCCGCUCUCCAGACCAGGUGCGGCCCAGCGGGCCGGGUUUUGCGACCGCCGCGUGUGAGGCGCAGCGCUGGGCGGGGG